GAAAAUGGCUGCGAUCGUGGAACUUUGAAAGCGGAAGCGUAAAUUUAAAUUGUGUUAAGUGUUGUGAAAUGCUUCAAUCAUCAUGGAUGACUGGCAAACUUGUCCUAGAUGUAAAACUACAAAAUACAGAAAUCCCAAGCUGAAGCUUUUGGUGAAUGUUUGUGGCCAUAAAUUAUGCGAAGGAUGCGUGGAGACACUUUUCACAAGACCCUCUGCAGCAUGUCCUGAAUGUAACACAGCACUGCGACGUAACGACUUCAGGGUCCAACAGUUUGAAGAUCUCAUUGUUGAGAAGGAGGUGGACAUCAGAAAAAGGAUUUUGAAGAUUUACAACAAGCUUGAGGAUGACUUCCAAUCAGAAUCAGAUCCUCUAAGAGCCUACAAUGACUAUCUGGAAGAUGUAGAGAACAUAAUUUGGAAUCUUGCAAAUGGUCAUGAGGUAGAGGAGACAAAGAAGCAAAUUGACAAAUACAAAAAAGACAAUGAAACCCUAAUCAGGAAAAAUAAUUUCAAACUGGGAAGAGAGGAAGCUCUGGUUAUGUCCCAAAUUGAGGAAGAACAGAAACAGGAAGAGCUGCGCCGAGCACAGGCAGCUUUGCUGGAGAAACAAGAGAAGAAUGACAAGAAGAAAGAAAAUGAGGAAUUUCUCAACCAACUGGCAAAAGGAGACCGUCCUCUUGAUGACAUCAUAGCUGAACAUGCAAGUAAAUUGCAGAAAAAAUCUUUGCUGUUCUCCGCGAGCAAUUCUAAGCUAUCUUCAAUGCAAAAAGAAACAUUUGCUCCCUUGCCAACAGCUGAGGGACCCGCAUUUGUGUAUGUCGCCCCAGAAGUGAUAAACGAUGGACCAACUGUUCCUGAUAUGGAGGUCCUAGCUGCCAGAGGGUACCUGCGACAUGUCCGUAAUGCUACAGACAGUGAGAGGGCAGGAGGCUACAUAUCAGAGCUGGCUUGUGGAAGAGCUAUACAGGAUGCUUUUUCGGCGCUCUAUUUGGGUGCUGAGUUGUAGUUGAACAUUUCACAAAACAAGAACAACUCCUGCUUUGUGAAGGAAAACAUCGUUGCAUUGUUACUUUGUUGGAUAGGUAACUUUCAUUCAGCGUAUCUCCGUUUAGGUGUUGAAUGGUCUUGAAAGGCAAGAACAUUGGUGACGUUUACGUAGAGCAGUUUCAAAUGACUUUUCCUUCAAGUGCUAGUAGAGACCAAAACAAUCACGUGGCCAAACCCUGCAGCCAAAAAUAAUCAAAUGAACCAAUCAAAACAGAGAACCUGAGGCGAUAACAAGCAUGGCAAACUGAUGUAGCCAGGGAAAGUACUUGAUGGAAUGCACAGCAGAACUGGCGGAAAUUUAAGGCAGGAAAAGUGACGAAAGUCAAAUCACGAUUUGUUUUCGUUUUGCAGUGGCCAAAAUGUAAAUAUCUUUGUGCUGGCUGGUUAGAGCAAUAACAGAGCUUAUUGUACGCCAUAACGAACCAACCAGUUGGUUACUUUUGUAUGUUAGCCGAGUAGCGUGCAGCGUCCGUUUUAGGUCAGAGUGGUUAAAAAGCCUUGAAAGAUAGACCAACCCCGUAAUUUUUUGAUGCAAUAAAUUGAAUUGUGUUAAAUUGUAUUAAAACA